AAUGGGAAAGAAGAGAAAUACAAAUAAAGUUACUUUGGCUGUGCCGUUAAGUGUAGCGGCGAUUGGAGGAGGGAAAGGUGGUGGAUCGAUUGGAGGUCCUGAUCCGAGUGAUACGAGUGAUUUGGAAUCUGUUUAUUCUGCGUCGGUGGUUGGUGAAGGUGCUGAUUCAGAUAACGAAAACGACUUUGCCAGUCUUGUUGACUCUUUUGGUGAUUUGGUAGAAAAUGCACAAGACAAAAGAAUAGAAACACGCCUUCGAGCAAUUGACAGUCUUUUACUUGUCUUAAACAAAAAUUGUAUUCCUGAAAGUGUCGAAAAAUGGCGUGGAACGCUAGCAGAAAUUAUUCUUGUUAACUUAAAAAGAACUUCUGAGGAAGCUACGCGUGUAUGUUCUUUGGCCGCUUUGUUGAGUUUACAAUUAGGGGUGGGAAUUGAAGAGGAUAUUUGUGAGAUUGUUAAUUUAAUGCGUCAAAUUUGUUCGGAUGUAAGUGCUUCUGAAGUUGUUCGUUCUUCUUGUGCUCAGGCUAUUGGACUUUGUGUUUAUUUGAGUGUUGAGAGUCACAACGAUCGUUUGGAAUCAAUGCAAACACUUAAAAGUAUCUGGUCAGCAAUGAAACCUGCGGGUGUUGGUGGUACUUCUCUUUUUUCUUCUGCUUUAGCUUCUUGGUCUUUACUUUUAGAACGGUUUGAUUCUGAUUUUAUUUCAACCCAAAUUGGAGAAAUGCAACCGAGAAUUUGUUCUUUUUUGGAGUCUACAACAGUUGAGGCUCGUAUUUCAGCUGGAGAGUCAUUGAUGAUUUUACAUGAAAUUGGUGUUGAAAAUAUUGAUGAUGAAUUUCAAUUUAGCAACCAAAACUAUUUGAAACAAAUUCUCGGCAAUUUGGCAGCAGAUUCUUCAAAAAACCGAGCAAAAAGAGACAAAAAACUUCAAAAACUAACUUUUCGACAUAUUAAUGAUGUUAUUUGUAAUGAAAAACUUGAACAAUUAUCUAUUCGUUUUAAUAAACGGGAAACUUUGGAUAUACAAAAAUGUCAUCAAAAAUUAUUAUAUGAUUUACUUUGUCAAUUAUUGAAGAGCGAUUUAAAUGGACAUUUAACCAAAAAUUUAGUAUUGAGAGAACUUUUUGAUCUUGGGCCUGUUGUGUCGAUUGAAGAACCUGUGAAAAUGAGCAAGUCGCAAAAGAUUGAACGAGUUUGUGAUUUUAUUUUUUUAAUUGUAGGGGGCAUUAUAGGGAAUUUAUUUUUUAAUAGAUUUGUUCUUUAUUCUCACUCUCAUCCACUGAAAGUUGACACCCUAGUUGGUCUUCAAGUUCUUCGAAGGCCUUGGUCUUUUAAAAAAUCCUUUUUAAAAUUUUCUAAAUAUUUUUGGUUGAUAAUUAAUAAAAGACUAGGAGUCCCUAACUUUCAGCAACUCGAAACAGGUUGA